UGAGCUGAAGCCUAUCCUAGCUGACUUAACGCGAGCGGCAGGGUAUGUAAUAACUUGUUUACAAUUUUUUCAUCAAAUUUAAUUCGCACUGUAUGGAUAUGUUUUUUAUCAUCAUCAUCAUCAUCAUUUCUGAUGUAUUUUACACAUAGAGGCAAGUGACGCAGCGGGGAUGUCAGCCGUGGCACCACAGAAGAUCAUAGAUCCAAACAGGUUGCCCUGAUGUCAUCUUCUCAGAUGCACUUGCUUUGCUUUAGAUGCUUGGGUUGUCAUUAUUGUGAAUGGUGAACACACUGUUGCUGAGAUAUCAAAUACUGUACAAAGUGGCAUCAGUUUGGCCUUGUGAGCUCAUCAUAGACUGGAGACUCAUUCCAGCUGCUCUAUCCCUCACAUCACACCUAAUAAUACACCCUGACAACAGGCACCAAAGGACUGAGACGAGGGGGCUUGACUGACUCACGGAGUCUGGACCAGGACUAUAAAUAUAGUCAUCCGGUCAAGGCUAGCAGGGGGUACAACAGACAACCUGAGGGUGUAGCAGCCAACAACAACUUGGACAGACAUGUCACAGCCAGGUGAAGUGAAGAAGAAAAAGCGUCCGCCGAUGAAGGAGGAGGACCUGAAAGGAGCCCGCAGUAAACUGGGACUGAAGGGCGAGGUCAAGAGUAAAACCUAUGAGGUCAUGGUGGAGUGUGAGCGGAUGGGCAAAGUUGCACCAUCAGUGUUUAGCGGUGUAAGGACGGGGGCCGAGACCUCCCUGGACAAGCCAGCUGCCAAAGCUCCUGGAGCCAGUGUCUUCAACAAGUAGUCCCUCACUGCACCUUUCAUUACUAUUAGUGGAAUCACCUCUUCUUCUUGUAGUCAAUUUGCUGCUUUUUAUAGCUUUGCAGAUAUACAGUAUAUACUGCAUGUUGUUUCAAGUCAUUCUCAAAAAACUGGGGGAUUUGGUCGUGGCACAACCUGUGUUGACACAACAAGACUUUAUUUAAACAAUUCUUGUACUUUACUACUCUUGUAGUUUGCACAGUGACAACUUUCAUGAGUCAAAUCUGAUAAAGAACAUUGGCAUAUAUUCUUUUUUUUUAAUUUGACUAAAUAAACGAUGUCUGUAUGACUGAAAGCCUACUGCUUUCCACUUAUUGCGUUGUGUCAAAAAUGUCACCAACACACAAACCCAAGAUGCACGACAAGUCAGAGUUGCCCAACCUUUUCCAGCGAGGACCACAUACAGAUAAACUGAAGCCUGCGGGUGCUAAGUAUUAUUAUUCACACUCAAACUACCCAAACAAUUAAAAACACCAAAAAAACUACAUGUCAGAUUUGCAAUAAAGUCUUGUGAGCAUGUGUACCUAGGUGAAGAUGGGUCCCAGACCAAAACCUGCUCGGUAGCACUCCUCCUCUCCCCCAGGACAGUGAGAAAUAUUAACACCUGCCACUCGGGUGUCCCAUUGAUGUGAAAUCCAAUAAACAUGUUUAUCAUGAGUGGACGCACAAAUGUUGUCUACCAUUUUGUUUUGUAGGUGACAUUUUUCAGGAAUCUGGGCUACUUCUAUUUAUUGUGUGCCCCUAAUCAUCAUUCAUAAUCCUCUGAAGCGGGCUGUGUUUCAUUUUAUUUCCAGAAUAUGCCGGGAGCCAAUAAAAACCGAGCUGAGAGCUACAGAUGGCCACACUUUGGACACCCCAGCUAUAAGUGUAUUUGUGUCAAAGACAUACCAUAUAUCCGCACACAGCGGCGUCUUCUCUAAAAGUCGCCCUGUCUCAAUUAAUUGCACGGUGUGUCGUCACCGCUCCCUUUUUCCCCAGAAAAUACGAGGUAUCAAGUUAAGUUGUUGAGUUAACUGAUGAGCCAAGCAAACUUUGUUUGUCACUUUUUCAGUCUCUCCAGUGAAUUCAAGUGUAGUCUUACCAGCUGCUUGUAAACAGGUUCUCGGAGCAGAAGUAAAGAUAACCUUACAUUUUGGAGACUUCUUUUCUCGUGGCAAGCAUUCUAAUGGCUGGCCAGAUCCCCUCUGCUUGUUGAAAUGUCCGCCUUCUGGUCUCUUUGACGUUGGGUGCAAGUUAGUUGGUCAGCACUCCAUCCCUCCCCCUGGCCAAAGAGCUUACCUCAGUGGUGAAGUCAGCCUGUGUUCAC